UGCGAGCAAAACGACAUGGCUGAGGCGUCUGUUUCAGUGGAUCGGGACCAGUUUAGCUGUCCAGUUUGUCUGGACCUGCUGAAGGAUCCAGUGACAAUUAAUUGCGGACACAGUUACUGUAUGGGCUGCAUCAAGGGUUGCUGGGAUCAGGAGGCUCAGAGAGGGGUCUACAGCUGCCCUAAGUGCAGACAAACAUUCAGAUCCAGGCCAGUGUUGGGCAGAAAUAACAUCUUGGCCGAAAUGGUGGAGAAACUAAGAGAAACGGUCGCCUCUCUGGAUCAGAACAGCCCUGCUGGGCCGACCGACGUGGCAUGUGACGUCUGCACUGCGCCAAAAUUCAAAGCCGUCAAGUCCUGUCUGGUGUGUCUUGCCUCUUACUGCGGAACUCACCUCAGGCUUCACUCCGAACUCAACCCCGGAAAUAGACAUAAGGUGAUAGACAACCCUGAUCAGAUGAAGAAGAGGAUCUGCCCUUAUCAUAACAAACCCUUAAAUGAGUUUUGCUGCACUGAUCAGAAAUUUAUAUGUCGGAUGUGUGUCUUGGACUACCACCGUGGACAUGAUGUCUUGCCUGUUGAAGCAGAGAGGGCACAGAAACAGGGACAAAUAGGAACCAUCCAGACACAGUAUCGCCAGAGGGUUCUGGAGAGGGAGAAGAAGUUGAGACAGCUCAAACAGGGUAUACAGUCUCUCAAGGUCUCUGCUCAGGCAACAGUGAAUGAAUAUGAAAAGAUGUUUACUGAACUGGUCAGUUCUUUAAAGAAAAAGAGUUCUGAGUUGACAGAGCUGAUCAGAUCUCGUGAGAGGGCAGAAUUGGAACGCACUGAAGGAAUCCUGAAACGGCUGGAGAAAGAGAUUGCUGAGCUGAAGAGGAGGGACACUGAGCUGUGGCAGCUCUCUCAAUGUGAUGAUGACUGGCUUUUUCUUCAGAAUUUCCCAUCUCUCAGCACUCUCCCUGGAUCUGAACACUUCCCAAACAUCACAGUCAACCUGCCAAGUUUCGGAGAUACGAGGAAAUCUGUGUCAGAACUGAAAAAGCAAGUUGAGGCUUUGUGCAGAAAAGAAUGUGACAAAGUAUCUCUUCAAGAUUUCCAUCAGCUGACUGUGGACACUAACUCAGCAUAUGAAUAUCUGGGUCUGACAGAAGAGCCCGGGCCAACUUCGACCCCACUCAGCGUCUCUGCCCUGGCUUUUGGGUUUUUGACGGCGCAAACGUGA